GCAACAAAGUGGAAGUGGAUAUGGAGAAGGCAGAGAGCUUGCGUGUGACAAGAGGAGACUUCUUUGCAUCUUUGGAGAAUGAUAUCAAACCAGCGUUUGGAACCAACCAGGAAGACUAUGCAAGCUACAUCAUGAAUGGUAUUAUUAAGUGGGGUGAUCCAGUAACAAGGGUAUUGGAUGAUGGGGAGCUGCUUGUUCAACAAACUAAGAACAGUGACCGCACUCCUUUGGUUAGCGUUCUUCUAGAAGGUCCCCCCCACAGUGGGAAGACUGCUUUAGCAGCAAAAAUAGCAGAAGAAUCCAACUUUCCCUUUAUCAAGAUCUGUUCUCCUGAUAAGAUGAUCGGAUUUUCUGAAACGGCCAAGUGCCAAGCUAUGAAGAAGAUCUUUGAUGAUGCAUACAAGUCCCAACUCAGCUGUGUUGUUGUGGAUGACAUUGAGAGACUUCUAGAUUAUGUCCCAAUUGGACCACGGUUCUCUAAUCUGGUGUUGCAAGCCCUUCUUGUACUGCUAAAGAAGGCCCCCCCUCAGGGUCGCAAGCUUCUAAUCAUUGGAACCACCAGUCGCAAAGAUGUCCUGCAGGAAAUGGAAAUGCUGAAUGCUUUUAGCACUACGAUUCACGUGCCCAACAUUGCAACAGGGGAGCAGCUGAUGGAGGCUUUGGAGCUCCUGGGCAACUUCAAAGACAAGGAACGCAGCACUAUUGCACAGAAUGUCAAAGGGAAGCCUGUCUGGAUUGGUAUCAAGAAGCUGCUGAUGCUGAUAGAAAUGUCAUUACAAAUGGAUCCCGAGUAUCGGGUGAAAAAAUUCUUGGCUCUUCUGAGAGAUGAAGGAACAGUUCCUUCCCUAGACUGAAGGUGGACCAAGUGCAAGAUCAACAGCUGGAAAAGUGACCAACCUGGAGAAUAUACACUGGGAUCUUUACUCUUCUGUGUUCAACGCGCUGGACAAAGUGAAAUACUCCCCUGUUUCCAAGAACCCAAUGUGGAAUCUGCAUGUUUAGUGCAAUACAGUAUCUUUAUUCUUCGUCUUUAAUAUACUGAUGUCAUGUGGAAAUGUCUUCUAGAACAUUGUGCUUCUGUCUCUGUGCAGGCGAGGCUGCGUUCUCAUUUGAUUUUAGCAUGGGGGAAAUGUCCUGUAAGUUUUGAAGCUAACGCGCACUUGUGUCCAGCAUCCAGUUGCUAUGAUAGGAAAGAAAUCAUGAUUUCUAAUAAAACCUGACAGUCUGUGGUGAAGGCAUAUUAAAGUACUACUCUGUGUUAUCCUGAUCUGAUGAAUGCUUUCUUGUUAUGUCAUCCUAUGCCUCACUGAACACUGAGCCAGGCUGAUAACCUAAAGAUAGUGCCCACAAUAAUUCAGCUCCAGAAUUACCUAGAUGCUAAUACCUGCUUUCUUUUAUACCCGGGUAUUUUGUGGCCUGAUGAGAGAGACUGGCUAGCGGCUUUAGGGACUGGAAGAAAGCAGGGAAGUAUGUUGAUCAGAGUAGAGGAAACUUCCAAAUCCAGUAUUUAAGGCAUCAAAGCUUGCUGUUAAUUCAACAACAGUUUUAGGGAUGCUGAUUCCAGCCUGAAAACUCUUCAUGAGUGCAAUGUAGAUGGUAUUAGCCAGCUUCAUUAUGUCCCAUUUUUCUGCCAUGUUACCAAAGGUUGAAAUUCCUCCUUAGAAAUAGAGAGGAAGCCAAGCUCUGCAGAUGCACGAGAUGCACGAUAUUGCCAUGUUUUUGCACUGAAAUAAAGGAAUGUAUCAAACUUUGCUGUAUGGUCCUUCCCCAAUAGUCAUCUCGCGUCAAUGAGAUGCUGUUGACGAUGACUGCAAGAGGCUACUCCCCUCUGGUUCUUUGGCUCCACACGUUUAAUAAGGUUCAUGGUACAUACCUCAAUUUGGUGGGGCAUGAAAUCAAAGCCAUUUAUGAGAACUUAGUCACUGUAUCUUCCUAAACUUGACCAGACAUGCUGCUAAGGGCUAGCAGCUUGUACCCAAAGUGGCGUUCCCAGGCAAGGAGGGUGCUUCACAUUCUUUCAGGCCCAAAGGUGAAGGUACUGUAGUCCUUAGUGCAUACUUACAGCAGUCGGAGUAUUUUAGUCACUCCGCUCUGGUUUCUUUUCCUUUGGCAGUGCUGUUGUAUUGUGAGGACAUUGCGAGUCCCAGUGGUUAUUAUUCCCUCUCAUUUUGUGUACGAUCUUGUGAAUUUAUUUGUUCCUUUCUUUCCUCUGCUAGUCCUAGUGACAGCAGCAUACAUUAACUUAUAUUUCAGAGUAAAUGAUGUAAACCUUAUUGUGUCUUUGUCCAGAACUAUAUUGAUGAAUAAAUAUCUGGUUUAAUUGCACAUUCAAUGGAUUCAAUAAAAAGCACAA